UGAGCGGCCGUGGAGGAGGUAGAGGAGGGGGAUGAGCGGCCGUGGGGGAGGUGGAGGAGGGGGGCGAGGGGCAGCAGCGCCAGGUCGUGGAGCAGGAGGAGGUGGGGCUGGAGGAGCCGCCGGUGGAGGGGCCGGCGAUGAUGAUACUUCAACAUCCAGUGCGCAGGAACGCUUCUUUGAAGAAGUGAAGGACAAGAUCGACCAGAGUAUCACCCACGAGGGAGGUGGUGUGAAAGGCCGGUUCCCGUUUGACAACCCGCUCGUGCGUCCGAAGUGUGCCACUUUUCAGCCAUCACCAGACCUACCGAAACUCGACCGGUUUUAUCAGAAGGCGGUAUUGGUAUGGAUACCGGAGUUCUUGUUCCCAGAGCUCCAGGCAGUUCCUUGUCCAGGAUGUGGGGGCAAGGGCGCACCUGAUGGCUGGAACCCUCAGGGGCCACGCCGGGUGUUCAUGGAUCACGACGUGGCGUACGUGAUGGGGUUUCGGUACAAGUGUGCGAAGUGCGCGGAGUUCAAUAAAGGCAAGCAGGAGGCGGAAAAGCGCAAGACGAGCUUCAACGCGUGGGAUGCUGGGUGCCUCCGGCGUCUCCCGGAGUACAUCUCCAAGGAGUUCCCUUUCCUUCUCACCAAGCGAUCGGGCAUUGAGAUUUGCAUGGUGGACCGGCUUGCAGAUGAUUUGGUGCAUGGGAAGGGCUUCUCCGCUGCUGCCAAGAAUAUUCGUCAGGCGCAUACGACCAAGUUCAUGGUGGACCAGCUGAAGUACACCUCUCUGGUCAACACCCGGCGGACCAGCUCGGGCAUCUUCCGCUCGGCCAACCUCGCCAAAACUCCGGAGAGGUUCGGCAGCUUUGAUGACUCGACAAAGUACGGCGGUGCGGUCCCGUCGGAGCACUAUUUGCGGGACGUGAGGCGGUUUUAUUUCUCGAAACUCCCCGUGCUGGAGGUGGAUAGCGUGGAUUGGACCCUGGAGGAGUAUCACCACCGCUUGAUGCAGCGCUGGGACGGAGACAUUCUGGGUGGGGAUUCUUCGUUUAAGUUUGCGAAGAUCAUCCGGCUCCGGGCAAAAGCGGGCGAGGAGCGCACAAGACCAGUGUACGGCUCCUUCACAGUCUUCAACGAAUGUAAGCAGGUGGUCUGGCAGCGUCCGAUGAACACCGGUGCCUUGAGCGAGCUGGCGGAGGAGUUGAAGCUUUUUUUCAUGCGAUUCGUUCGCAAUGGCUUCAAGGUUCCUACUCUGUGGAACACAAUUUGAGGAGGUAACGGGGAUCAGUCUUUAUCUGGAAGACGAAGUGGACGCCGGAGUUCAGUUGGAGCUCCUGCCAGAGCUGGAUAUGGAGUUCACCCCUGCCAUCGUGUACGACCCGGAGGCGGUAGCCGCUGCCUGCGGCUCC